UGAUCAUAUGGGGUUUCGGGCCGAAGGCUGUUGGCAUAAAAGUAGAAAGUCUGCUCGACCUGCUCCCACAUGUAUCCAUCACACACACACACGGAAUUCAAUCCUCGAGACUUACAGAUCAACACACACUCCCUUCCCUAUCCCAGCUCCCCAUACACGCAGUCCCUACUUUAAACAUGCAUCUAUCAAACUUGGCGUCUGUAGCCGCCCCCCUUCUCGGGUUUGCAGCAGCAGCGCCUCCUGUGCCGCGAUCGUACGGCGUCCCGAACGACGGCUUUCCCAAUCCCAACGCGCAGCAGCUCCUGGCAAUAGAGACUCAGGCAGACGGAACCCUGUCCAAUGCGCCUCCGCCGCCAACGCUGGCCAGCAGCAGUCUCACGGCCUUCCAACUCAUUGCUUUCAACGAGAACUUCGAGGUCGCCUUUUUCUCGUCUCUGGUCAACAACAUCACCACCGGUGUUGGCAACUUCAACCUUCCGACGCCUGAGAACCAGAAUGAGCUCAUCAGCAUCCUCAAGACCGUGCUUGCUCAAGAAGAGCUCCACGCCAUCAGCGCCUUACAGUUGCUGACCCACUUUGGCGCCUUCGCCCCUCCGCCUUGCACGUACAAUUUCCCCACCACCGACGUGGUAUCGGCGAUCAGGCUGGCCGAGACCUUCACGGCGGUGGUCAUGGGCACGUUGCAGGACGCGUCGCAGCUGCUGGCCAAGAACGGCGACGACGGGCCCGUGCGGACGGUCGCCAGCAUCAUCGGGCAGGAGGGCGAGCAGAAUGGCUUCUACCGCACACUCCUGGGUUUCAAGCCCAGCGAGAAGCCCUUCCUGACCACGUCCAUCGCCGCCUAUGCCUUCUCGGUGCUGCAGACCUUCGUCGCCGAGUGCCCCUUCCCGAUCAGCGACAUCGCCAUCCCCGUCUUUACCCCGCUCAGCGUCCUCAGCGGCAACGGCGGCACCGACGUCGCCCCGCAGGACCAGACCUUGACGUUCAGCGCCAACCUGGCGGGCGUCGAGGCCGCGGCAAAGUUCGUCGGCGGCGACGGCAGCGGCCUGUUUGUCACGUACCUGAGCGGGCAGCUGUUGCCCAUCAGCGAGCCCGUCACCAACGUCAGGUGGGACGGCAGCAGUGUUACCUUCGACGCCCUGUUCCCCUUCACGGAAAACAUCAUGUACGCCUUGACUAUCGCCUCGCUGACCACAUCGGACACUGUCGUCGACCCCGACGACCUUCCCGGCGUGACACUGGCCGCGCCGGGGCUGAUCCAGGUCAAUGACAGGGUGUAAGGUCGGCUUGGGGUGAUUUCUGGCGAAUGGAAAGUUCAAGGGACCGGCGCGCUGUAAUGGAUUGGGUUCUAUUACUUUGGGCCUUGAGAGGCUUUUCUCUAGUCAACCUAGACGCCGUAGUUAAUAUCUAGAGGGUUCAGUAGACGAUAUGUGUUUGUUGCUCCAUGGUCUGCUUGAAGAUGUCGAACCAGCCCGUGGUCAGCAAGACUGGCAUCUCCACGACACGUGUUGCAGCUAGCUUAAAGCACCUCCGUGCCAGCCGUCGGAUCGGAGAGAAGGGCCAGAUGCGCAUCCCCCUCUUGUAAGAAUUUCCUAAAGUGGCGAACGAGCCGCGGUACCUGCCUCGAUCAUGUAGAGAGGCCGGAGCAAUGGAUAUGAGGUCGGAACAAAG